AUGACGUUCGCUAUCGGAAAGGGGGAAGGAAUCGGUCUCCUGCGCAAACACCGGAGGGUCACCUCACAAGCAGACACGCGACUGCAUACACUCAUCAACCUGGCGUCGUACAGGCUCGUCCGAUCGCUCGACACCAUUGUAAUAGAGCGCACCACAGCCACUCGAACUCCAAGUCAAGACCAAAGAGAGCGUUAUCGAUCAAGUAGACUUCACCGCGUCCGCAUAGCUUUGCUUUGGCUUUUUACACCCUCCACCAUCGCCCCCUUUUCCAGCCCACCACAGGAUCAGCUCGUAAUGAUUUCAUCCGGUGCCGGCUCUUCCAUACGCAAGAAGCGCAACUUCAAAGGGCUUCAGCUCGCCGAAUCACCACUUGCGAGUCCAGUAGACGGUUCUGCGCCGACACCGUCGCACGAUCCUGCUGAAGGCUCCGCCGCUUCCAACGGAUCCACCGUCGGCAAGCCCACCGCAGCGAAUUCGGCCGGCUCCCAUUCGCUGACAGGCAAGAAUGAUCUAGAUACGCACAAGAAUUCGGGCGCCAACUACCACAACACACUGACGCAGCAGCUGGCCAGCCUGGAACUUGGCGUCGAAUACAAGCUCGAUCUCAAGAACGAAGACCUCAAGACGCUCUCUGAGCUCGGCGCCGGCAAUGGUGGCACCGUCACCAAGGUGCUGCACGAGAAGAGCGGCACCGUCAUGGCCAAGAAGGUGGUCUUCAUCGAUGCCAAGCCAAGCGUGCGCAAACAGAUUCUUCGAGAGCUUCAGAUCCUCCACGAGUGCAACUCGCCUUACAUCGUCUCGUUCUACGGCGCCUAUCUCAGCGAGCCCCACAUUUGCAUGUGCAUGGAGUUCAUGGAAAAGGACUCGCUCGAUGGCAUCUACAAAAAGUAUGGGCCCAUUUCCCCGGAGAUCUGCGGCAAGAUCGCCGUGGCCGUUUCCAACGGUCUCACUUACCUCUACGACGUACAUCGCAUCAUUCAUCGCGACGUCAAACCAAGCAACAUCCUCGUCAAUGGCGCCGGCCAGAUCAAGAUCUGCGACUUUGGCGUCAGCGGCGAACUCAUCAACAGCAUUGCAGACACGUUUGUGGGCACGAGCACCUACAUGUCGCCGGAGCGCAUCCAAGGUGACCAGUACAGUGUCAAGUCGGACGUCUGGAGCUUGGGCGUAUCGAUCAUCGAGCUGGCGCUCGGUCGCUUCCCCUUUGCAGAGAACGAGGAGGAAGAUGACUCGGACGUGGACGAUGACUAUCUGAACGAGGAUCUGGCCGGGACGCUCUCUCCGACCAAACCAGCGCCGAGGCUGCCCGUGGUCAACAAGGAGAAGCAGAAACGCAGAAAGUCGAAGCCGGCCGGCGUAAGCCUCGAGGGCUCGAGCCAUCAGAUGUCGAUCCUCGACCUCUUGCAGCACAUUGUCAACGAGCCUCCUCCGAAGCUACCAGAGGGCAGGUUCCCUAAACUCAUGGAAGAGUUUGUCAACCUGUGUCUGCUCAAGGAUCCGGCGAAACGACCAACGCCCAAGGACCUCACCAAGCAUCAAUACGUGAUCGAGGCAGAUGCUGCCAAGGUCGAUCUGCAAGCAUGGGCAGAUGGGAUGACGCGAAAAGGCUGA